CAGUCCCGGUGUGUGUGGAAACCUGAACGGGCAGAAAGCAGUGUGUCAGACCAGCCUAGGACCGGCGGCACUCGUACGCUGCAUGUGGUCGGGAUUCAACAAGAAAUACCUUCAGAAACAAGCUCUUCUUUAACGGAGACACCGGGAACCGUGGAGGAUCUGCCUUUUCGUGAGACCAGUCCACUUCCUCCCCUAUUCCCUGCGGCGACACCCUUUUGAAAAUGGGGUGAUUGAGUUCUUUCUUCAUCCAGUUAACUAACCUGGAACAAGCCCAGGGCAGCACACCUCCUGAUGUCCGAAGAUUCAGACUCCAAGCCCUAUUGCUUCCCAAUUCUCAAUGACCAGGAUGGUGCCUCUUGCAGCUCCAUGCCAAGGGGGGCCUCAGGGUGCAGCUCCAUAGCGCAGCUGCACCGGAUGGGUGGCUACAGCCAAGGUGGGCCUGACCUAGGCCCCCCUUCGGAGGGCAGCGACAGCAGUGGCCAGGACCCCCCCACCUCGUCGCACAACCAUCGCAAGAACACCCGCUCCCGCUCACUUCCUGAGGAGGACGUGGAGAUGAAGAGCAGCGGGUCUAGUGGGAGUGGGACCGAGUCGCACAGCAAUGAAAGCCACGGCAAUGAGAGUAAUGGCAACGAGAGCCACAGCCAUGAGUCAUUGGGCAGCUCCAAUGGCAACAGCAAAGACUCAGCACUGUUGGAAUCAUCUGAAAGCAACAAGAGCUCGAACUCCCACAGUCCAUCUCCUCCCAGCAGCUCAAACGCCUUCAGUCUGCUGAGCUCAGAGCAGGACAACCCCUCAACCAGCGGCUGCAGUAGUCAAGAGUCUGCCAAAGCCAAGACCCAGAAAGAGGUGAUUAAAACCCUGAAAGACCUGAAACUUCACCUGCCUGCUGAGAAGAGACACAAUAACAAGUCCUCCACAUUGAAUGCCCUCAAGUACGCGCUGCGCUGUGUCAAACAGGUGGAAGCCAAUGAGGAGUAUUACCAGCUUCUGAUGAUCAAUGACAGUCAGCCUUCAGGCCUGGAUGUAUCUUCUUAUACAAUAGAGGAAAUAGACAGUAUUACUUCUGAAUACACCCUCAAAAACAAUGACAUUUUUGCAGUAGCAGUGUCUCUCAUCACAGGAAGGAUCGUCUACAUUUCUGAUCAGGCUGCCUCCAUCCUCAACUGCAAAAGGGACGUGUUCAAGAACAGCAAGUUUGUGGAGUUCUUGACACCGCAGGAUGUUGGCGUGUUUUACAGCUUCACGACGCCUUACCGCCUGCCCUCCUGGAGCAUGUGCACUGGAGCAGAAUCAUCCCCGCCUGACUGCAUGCAGGAGAAAUCCUUCUUCUGUCGUAUCAGUGGUGGGAAGGAGUGUGAGGGCGACCUGCAGUACUAUCCAUUUCGCAUGACACCCUACCUGAUGAAGGUUCAAGACACAGUACAUGCUGAAGACCAGUUCUGCUGCCUCCUCCUGGCUGAGAGGGUUCACUCUGGUUAUGAUGCUCCCAGAAUUCCAACAGACAAGCGCAUCUUCACCACCACACACACUCCAGGUUGUGUGUUCCAGGAUGUGGAUGAGCGGGCGGUUCCUCUUCUCGGGUACCUCCCCCAGGACCUGAUUGGCACACCAGUCCUCCUGCACCUGCAUCCCAACGACCGACCGAUCAUGCUGGCCAUUCACAGAAAGAUCCUCCAGUACGCAGGGCAGCCAUUUGACCACUCAUCCAUCCGGUUCUUAGCACGAAACGGAGAAUACAUCAUGGUAGACACUAGCUGGUCCAGUUUUGUCAACCCCUGGAGCCGCAAAGUCUCGUUUGUCAUCGGGAGACACAAAGUCCGCAUGGGCCCUGUGAAUGAAGAUGUUUUCGUGGCUCCGGUGUCCCCUGUCGGCGAGAUGAAGACUUCGGACAGUGACAUCCAGGAGAUUACUGAGCAGAUCCACCGCCUCCUGCUACAGCCGGUUCAUAACAGUGGGUCCAGCGGCUACGAUAGUCUGAACAGCAAUGACCACCUUCUGGCCAUGUCCUCCUCUAGUGAGAGCCUGAACAACAAGAUGCGACGGGAGGAGGAGGAGGAAGUGAGCAGCAAAGCCCGACCCCGAACCUUUCAGGAAAUCUGCAAGGGUAUUCACCUUCAGAAGAGCCAGGAGCAGCAGACAACCAAACCAGACUACAAAAAAAGUAAUAGCAAGUCUGUACAGAAGAGCCCAGCGGUGGUGCGGCCCAAACACUCGGCCGCUCCUCGCAACCGGAGGGAGACCAGGUCAACUAUGGAGGAGAGUAGUGCAUCUUUCCAGGAGGAGUUGACCUUCAAUGAUCAGUCUGUCUACUCCUACCAGCAGAUCAGCUGUUUGGACAGUGUCAUCAGGUACUUGGAGAGCUGCAAUGUUCCCCUCACCAUGAAGAGGAAGUGUCAGUCUUCCUCUAACACCACAUCCUCUAACUCGGAUGAGGACAAACAGAAAGGAUCCAACAACAUGCAGGUGUCUGAAGAACCAGCCUUGUUGAAUGAUCAGUCUGGUCUCUCCGCUUUGGAUGAUCGAGACAAAAAGUCCAGUGACGCGGCCACAGCGGUAGUGGGCAGUUCGCUGCCCCUGCCUGUACCUAACAAACCAGAAAGUGUGGUGUCCAUAACCAGCCAGUGUAGCUACAGUAGCACCAUAGUGCAUGUUGGGGACAAGAAACCUCAACCAGAGUCAGAGAUCAUAGAGGAUGUUCCAGGAAAAGGAGACACGGCAGAAUCCCUCCAGACCACUGGGGCUCCUCCUUGUGCUCUUUUGCCUCCCAGUCAGGAGAGGGAGUCCUACAAGAAACUGGGGUUGACCAAGCAGGUUUUGGCAGCCCAUACGCAUAAGGAAGAGCAGGCCUUUCUGUAUCGCUUCAAGGAGCUCCGUGGACUCUCAAAACUCAAACCAAACUGCCCUCAUUACCUUGAGCGCCACAGACAACAGAUGGCCAGCGAUGCUGUACCCGCUGCUCGAUCCUGCAUGCAGGGGGGACCCGGUGCAGAGACCACCACGCGGAGAGGCACGAGGAAUAAGAAGAGCAAGUCGAAGCGAGCGAAGCACUUCGAGUCCUCGGACAGCACAGUGUCCCAUCACAGACAACAACAGCUGCGGCCUCCUCUUCUAAACCAUGGCCUUAACCAGACCUCUUGGUCUCCUUCCGACACAUCACAGUCCACUUUUCCCAUUGCCUACCCUGCUGUGAUGCCAGGCUACCCCCUCCAGGUUUACCCCAGAGCCACUUCCAUGGCUACCCGCACAGACGCCUCUCCAACAGGCUUUGGGGACAACCAGGGCACCCAAUCCCCUCCCUGCCCCCCAUCCAUGCAUCCUGCUCCCUACACUGCCCCCAUGGUCACCCCCGUUGUGGCUCUAGUGCUGCCCAACUACAUGUACUCUUCAAUGGCGCCUGGGCCUACACCACCACAGCCAGUAUACCACGCAGAGACUGGGUGCUUCCCCACACAGCCUUUUGGUCAGGCUGCCUUUCCAGGCCACGGCAUCUUCACAGCUCAACCUUCCUUUGGUUUUCAGAAUCAGUUCAACUCCCAGAACCAUUUUGCUCCUCCAGCAGGUUACCUGACCCCUUCGUACUACUUAGCUCCAUCCUCGGAAACCCCAGUGGCCCCCGUGGAGGGCCAGUCUCGCCCCUCAACACCACAGUCUGGACGAUGUGUAGGCCAGGCAUCCCCACCUCUGUUCCAGUCUAGCUGCAGCUCACCCCUCAACCUGCUGGAGCUGGAGCUGUCCGUGGACAGGCAGGACAGCACAGUGCUGCCGUCUGGAGGACAAGGGAAUAAUACGGCUGAAAGGGAGAAAGGAGCAAGUGGCAACCAGGCCAAGGAGAGAGAGCUGAAGCAGCCAUCUCUCAGUCUCCUUGGUCCACCUGGACCCUUGUAUUGCGAAGGCACGCCCUGUGUCUGUGAGCGUUUUUCUUGGGAUAAAGUGUUCUCUAGACUGAGGGCUUACAGCAAAGAGGCAAGCUCACGUGGCGACGAGAACAACAGUGAUGCCAACUCUUUGUCCAGCGACAUGUUGGACAUCAUUCUCCAUGAGGACUCCUGUUCUGGCACAGGCUCGGCCACCUCGGGGUCCAUGGGCUCAGCGUCUAACGGCUGUGGAACUUCAGCCAGUGGGACGUCCAACUGCGGGACAUCUAAGAGCAGGACGUCAGCCAGUGGAGCAUCGGCUAGUGGGACUUCCGGCAGUCGAACAGGAAGCAACAACAGCAGUAAGUACUUUGGCAGCGUGGACUCAUCCCAGAACAGCCAGAAGGUCAAAGGUCACUUGAGUAGCAGCGAUGGAAGGCCCAUGGAGAUGGAGCAAAGCGAACACUCAGUCAAGUAUGUACCGCAGGACCCGCUCUGGCUUCUCAUGGACAGCACAGAUAACAAGGUCCUGAUGACCUAUCAGCUGCCCUCACGUGACAUACAGAGAGUGCUCAGAGAGGACAGGGAGAAGCUGAGGCUGCUGCAUAAGAGCCAGCCACGCUUCUCAGAGGAGCAGAAGAAGGAGCUCAUUGAUGUCCACCCCUGGAUCAAGAAGGGAGGUCUACCCAAGGCCAUAGACAUCAAGGUGUGCUCCUGCUGUGACAGCGCCUCGCAGGAAACACUAGCAGCAGUGGCGACGGCGCUGGACGAUCAGCCAGACCUGGACAUGAUUGAUACAGAGGCGGGGGAGGUCGGCGACGAGCGGAGGACAGGAGAAGAGCCAUAAAACACCGUCGUCAUCUCCUGCCGCGGCCUUUUCUCCUGGCUCUCAGACACAACCUGCCAAACAAUAACCUGCUCAAGAUUUUCAGAGUGAUGCUCAUUGCCCAUCAGCCUCUUGUUCUGCAUGACUGUGAAGAACAACUUUUGAAGAGGGACCUACUUUACAUAAAGCAUCAUACAGGCCCUUUGCUCUUCACCCAAAAUUUUUCAUUACUGUCUGUGUCUUGCUGUUUUAUGAGUUGUAUCUGUUGAGAUACCAGCAAAAACGGACUCAAAAAGUCAAGACUUUGUGUGAAUGUAUGUAGUGGACAUUAAAUGACAUUUUAUUUUAUUUAA